UACCAAAAAAUCGUUACAUCAUCAUAAUCAUGAAAGUUUCUUUGUUACAUAAAUACUAAGCAAAUGGUAAAAUUUAUUUUCUCACAAAUGGCAAACCUUCUCUCAAGUGGCAUUAUCGCAAAUAGAGAAAUUCCUAAAAAGUAUGUGGUUCCACCUGGAAAAAGACAUGCUCAAGCAGGAUUCAUUGAAAUACCAAUCAUUGAUCUUCAAGACCAAAAAAAUUCAACCCAAAACAUUUUGAAGGCUAGCCAAGAUUUAGGAUUAUUCCAGGUGAUAAACCAUGGAAUUCCAAGCAAGUUAAUGAAUGAUGCAAUGAAAGUAUUCAAGGAGGUAUUUGAUUUACCCCCAGAAGAAAGAUCGAAAAUAAACAUGAAAGAGGAUCUUAAUCAAGUGUGCAGAAUUUAUACGAGCAGCUACAACUACGAUAGUGAAGAGUUUCAUUUUUGGAGGGAUGUUUUGAGGCACACUUGUAACCCUUUGGUGGAAUGCAUCAAGUUCUGGCCUCAAAAACCUGAAAAUUAUAGGGAGAUAGUUGGAGAAUAUGUUGUAGCCUUGAAGGACAUGGGAAAGAAGAUCUUAGAACAAAUAACCCAAGGGCUUGGGUUAGAAAAAGGCUAUUUUGCAAGUGAGCUAACUGAAGAUAACAUCUUAACUAUAAAUCACUAUCCAAUAUGCCCGGAUCCGAGUGUAACUAUUGGACUACCCAGGCAUAAAGAUCCGACCCUUAUAAACAUUGUUCAAGCGGCACCCGUUAAUGUUCCGGGGCUCCAACUCUUCAAGGAUGGGCAAUGGUUCGGGUUUGAGACGGCUCCUAAUGCAUUUCUAGUCUUUGUUGGCAAUCAACUCGAGGUUGUUAGCAACGGGAAGAUGAAAGCGGUGGUGCAUCGAGUGGUGACAAACGCAAGUAAAGCACGAACAACGGCGGUGUUCUUCAUGAGUCCAACAAUGGAUUGCAUCGUUGAACCAGCUAAAGCUAUUGUUGAAGCACAAGAUUGUGGUCCUCUUUAUAAGGCAUUUCGAUACAAGGAGUAUUUUGAUAUCCACACUGGCCAUGAUGGGGAUAGAGAUACUAUUCUUGAAUCUUAUAAUUUUAAGAUCAAACAAUCUUCAAUCCCAUAGUUUAUAUUAUAAAUCUAGCUUGUUAAUUAUUGGAUUGUAUUUGUUAUAUGAAAACCCUGCCUUUUAAUAAUAAUAAUAAUAAA